AUGGCUGACCCUCUCUCCGUUGCCGGGUUGGCCUUAGCCGUGGUUUCGCUGGGCCUCCAAGUCACUGGUGGCAUCACGGAUUACUUUGACUCGCUGAAAUCCCGCGACCAAGAUAUCGCCUCCAUAAUACAGCAGAACGACACGCUCAAAAAGACACUUCAAGUCAUCGAAUCAUCAAUCUCCCGGUUUCAGAAUGACCACAGAACAGCGACCGAGGCAUUGCGACAAUUUUUAGACUCAUCUAACGAUGAACUAAAGGUCUUGGAGGGCAUAGUAGCCACGCUCACUACGAACGAUCAAGGUUCAACCGAUCGAAAGACCAAAGCUCGGAACAAGGGUAAGAAGCUGUUAUAUCCGUUCCAUCGCCCAAAGCUCGAGCAAAUGGCGACCAAAUUACAUCACAUCAAUGCGACUCUUCAGCUAGGACUGCAAAGUCUAGGACUUUCGGUAUCACACUUAGGGUCCGAGAAGUUAGCUACACUCCAAGUGACGUCGCAGACUAUUUCCAGUGAUCUUCUAGUGGUUCAGUCCGAGGUCUCAUCUAUCAGCUCUCCAAUUCGAGGCAUGCAAAGCACUCUGUCACAAUUUGAGACACGCUUUGAUGGUCUUGAGCAUCUACUCGAACAGCUGCUAGUCCAAGGGUCGAACACCAAUGAAAAGCUGCAAGACAUCACUCCUGCACUGGUCACUGGAAGGCUUCUCGGAAAGCCAGCAGUAUUACGAGAGAUGUGUGAUGCUGUUGUGACUCACGAGCAGCACAGGCCAAAGAGGAAACCCUCAGUACCACAUGAAACGGCGGCAAGAGUCAGCACAGGCAUGUCCAGUCAUUCUGGAGGUCGCUUCUCAUGCUUAUGUCGUCACCGCAGACAGUUCCAACGUUGGAAUGCUGCCUUGGGCUCUUUUGUCCUUUCUCACGAGAUAACCACCGAACGGCAUCUACCUGGGUGUCCAGCUACUCAAUUCAUACUAGAACCUGAUAAAAGUCAAAAGCUUGCCUUAACCUACGCUGGGCUCCGACGUUUGCUCAACUCGGCUAUCCAGUUCUCGCUCACGAUUCGGUCAGGGGCAGGAGGGUCAAGCUUCGGCCCCAAUUUCACCUACUAUCCUAUCGUUGACUCAAACCGUGCACCUGCCUUUAAAAUGCUCCGUCUACUCAUGAGCUGUUUUCAACACAAUGGAUAUUUAACAUUCUAUGGCUACUCCGAAGUUCCAGCGUUUUCGGAAAAGCUUAUCCCUUCCGUGGUAUCCGCAGUGCUCAGUCUUUUGCAAGCUAAACAGGCAUCCCCUCGAGCAGUCAACGACCGCAACGAGUCUUUAGUCUACAGCGUGGCCGAAUGUAUAGGAAAUUAUUACAGUAACAUGAGUUUCCUACCAAGCCUAGCAAAAGCUAGCCAGGCCAGUCCGUUGCUUGACUUACUCGAAUACUUGGUCAAUAACAAGGCCCCGGCAAAUGACUACACCACACACGGCCAUACGCCGCUCAGCCUAAUGUUUGCGUUUGCGUCAUAUAGUAGUGUGACCUAUCCUGUGCCCACCGCCGCCGUAGAUCUCAUACUGCGAUCAAACACCGAUAGCGCUGCAGUAAAUCGAAGGCAUCCAGGUUUUCCCAUUGAUACGAAAACUAUUUCAGCAUCAGGGCAGGUGAUUUGGCAAUCUAGCGGCGAGGUUCUACUCCACUUUUUAUCUUCUUCAACUAGGAUAGCCGAUGCUUAUGGCUGUGGUGUACUAAGCCUGGCAAUUUUAUCUAAUAAUCUGGAAGAAGUCAAAGCGUUAAUAACAAACCAUCCCAGCACCCUUUCCGAAAGAAACCUGUUCGGGCAUACUCCGCUCCACCUCGCCGCAGGCAAGCCAUCGAUUCUUCGGGUUCUAGUAGAUGCUGCAGACAUAGCACUACUCAACUUGACCAAUACUCAACAGUUCUCCGCAUUGGACCUCGCAGUCUCUGUCAGUGGUACGAACUGUAGAGAAGGUAGAACGCGCAUGUGCAAAAGAUGCAGGUGUGCCGAAUGCGCUGUUAUUCUGAUGAAAGCUGACUGCAUGAUCCGAACCUCAACCCUGAAACGUGUACUGGUCUAUGCUUCCAAACGGUGCAAGCUGAGAUAUCUGCGCUACAUGAAAGACCGUAGGGAUAGAUUGAAACGGCUUGCUCUAGAAAGUCUACCCAAAACAGAUAUAGAGCAACUGUGUCUUGAAUCGAAACAUUUUCUCGAUUCUGAUGCACUAGAAGUUACGCAGCGCUUACAGCAGAUGGGUAUCUGUGUCCCUGAAGCCCUUGCUGUCAUGGACAAUGAAUGGUUUCGGCCGAUCUACCAGCUAGUCGAUUCAUGCGACGAUGCCAAUCUUCUUUUCCGUCUUGGGUUCCGAGAUACCGCGUCAUGGUGUAACUCUUAUGACUUGGAAACGAGGAAUAUUUCAGAUCGGAAAUCUCUGUCAUAUCUGCGCUGGUUAGCCAACCAUGAUGGCAUCUAUUGUCGACUCCCCUUUCCAACAGUUAAGGAUAUAUUUGGAAGCGCUUGCAUAUUUUCGGAGCUUGGCUACGAAAUUAGACAUUCUGAGACAAGGAGACGCUCCGGAUAUGACCAGCGUAACCAAUCAAAUGGUGAUAACUCACUACUGGCACCACCUACAAUGGGUCCGGAGGAAGAUUGGUACCACAAAGUCCACUCUGCGGUAUUUGAGGCUAGAGCUGUGGAUUCAUGCAGUUGCCAAUGCUCUCCCGAUGGCUGCAAUAUGCUAACAUUUGUCCUAAGUCAGCUGGUCAAUGAACAACACUAUGAUGAAUACAAGCCACAACGCUAUUCUCAAGAAGACACUACGACAGACACAGAGGACCCAGAACGCCGCGCAUUGAAUAAUAAUGAGUCCUUGUUGAAGCUGAUCGACGGAUUUAUCGUAUAUCUCAGUCAUUUUUCCUGCCACUUUAAGAGGUGGCAUCACUACGCCACUAUUCGGUUCAUCACAUGUGUCGCCUUGGAGAUCGGUCAUUCUUGUUGUCGAAGGGACGGUGUGCACCUCGCUUUUGGAGGUGAUCUUGAUACUGAUGAGAAUGGGCUUGGAGACGAUCAAGGGUACAAGCUGGAACUACUCGAAGAUCUGAUCAGUGAGUUCGAGGAAACCAUGACUUCUGUUCUUGAUAAUCCAGAUACCGGAAUUGAUGAACUUGUUGGAUUCUGGGAACGGGCAUGGGUAGGUCGCAUGAGCGAGGUUCUAGAUCGCCUCGAAGGUUGCGAUUUACCAGAGGAUGAGAAACUUGCAGCUGAGGAGAUUGGGGUAGUAUGGGAUAAGGUAGGACCUGAACCACCUGAGCCACGUCCUGAAGAAAUAGGGAACCCAUAUGACAAAGACAUGAUAGAAUAUUGGUUGUAUGAGCUGAGAAAGAUUGAAGAAGAAUGUCAAUGA